AAUCCCCCGCCACCGCCCCGCCCAAAUCCCACAGGUAUUAAGGAGGAAGGUAAGCCAAACAUCAAGUGUUGUAUAGUCUAGACUUUUCAGACCCCUUUGCUAGCUCCCUGUCACCUCCAGCCACGGAAGUCCUUCUGGCCUGGCUCACGCCACCUAAUGUCUGCAUUCUCUCCGCCUUGCAAUUUCCUUCACUCAGCACCCUCUUAUGACCUACAGGUGAAAGGGGAGGGGGAAGUCAUCCCAGGACUUGGCCCAGAGGAUUGGGUGUCAGCUUCCAGCACUGGGAGAGGAGAGUUUAGUCCUCGGGCUGGCUAAAAUUAGCCAAGUGGGGCCGCUGCUGGGAUCUGUACACAGCAGUCCUAAGCAGAGUGGGAACUCAAGUGAGGGCACGCAGAAGCCUGGUGUCUCCUGCCCGGGACCGAAGGAGAGCAAGUGGAAGGAGGGGUUGACCCUGGCCUAGAUGGCUGCAGGUGUUUGCGGUUUGUUGCACUUGGAGAACCCUAGAGUUAGCUCCCUCAUAGCCCACUAUUCCAAAGUUAGUGUGUGCCCUUGGGGUGCAGUGAGGGGCUGACAGCUCUGUGAAGUGAGGACAGUUCUGCUUUUCUGGGCGCAGCUCAGGCAUCCUUCUCUCAUGCCCGGUCACCUGCAGCCAUCUCACAAGCCUGGGCCGUGAGCUUUUUGAAGAUGGCAAGUCUUGGCUCAGACUUGGAGCAUGUCUCCCUUCCUGUCCGGAAGGACGGUCCUGAACUCCGUUUACCUGCCCGAAGAACCUCCUCCUGGUCUCCCUCUCCCUGUGAGGAUCCCGGCUUACUUUCCUUUUCUCUGGCAGAGCCUGACCCCAGCCCCUUGGUUUCAGGAAACCUUCCCUUUCCAGCUUCAUCCCUGGAGACCGGGAAGGAACAGGAUGGCAGCGACGACUCGGCAGAACCCGAGAUGCUGUGCAGCGUGGAGCACCCCAGCCAGUUCUUCGCCGAAGCGCAGAGGCUGCGGGAGCAGAAGCUGCUGCUGGAUGAAGAGGUGUCAGUAGGGGGACAGGUAUACGGGGUGCAUCGGGUGAUCUUGGCUGCAAUUAGCAGCCUCUUCCAAGGCAGGCUGCUGGGCGGUGGAGGUCAGCAGCCUGGCUUCAGCCUCGACGUGACCCGGAGGGGCUGGGAGGCUGCGCUGACCUUUGCGUAUGAGGGGGUGCUGGGCCCCGCCACGCAGGACGAAGUGCUGGCUGCUGCCGAGGCGCUGGGGGCGCCCAGGGUGAAGAACGCGGCCCAGCUGAGGCCAGAAGGGCUUGGCAAAGCCAGGGAAGAUGAAGAGAAGCUCAGCCAGGCAGAGGAGCUGAGGGAGAGCCUGCACAGCAUUGAGCGUCUGUAUCGAGAGGGCAUCGGAUGCGACCUGGAGCUGGAAGCAGAGGGCUACCGCCUGCGGGUGCACCGAGUAGCCCUGGCCUGCGGCAGUGAGUUCUUCGGGGCCAUGCUUCUGAGUGGGAUGAGGGAGUCCCAGGGCACAAAGGUGUCUCUGCGUACCAUCUCUUCUCAAGACCUGAGCUUCCUCGUGUCUUUCGCCUACUCUGGAGUUGUACGAGAAAGAUGGCCAGGACUGCUAAGAGUCGCCCAGGCUGCGCUGCAGUACCAAAGCUCCUCCUGCCUGGAUUUGUGUCAGAGAGCCUUGGCUCAAAACCUCUGCCCCGCCCUUUGCCUGGCUUUGUUUCCUAUGGUUGAAGCCCCUGGCUUGGAGAAAGUCUGGGGGAAGGCCCAUCAUUACCUCCUCACUCAUCUGCCUGCUGUGGCUCUGUGCCCUACUUUCCCGGCGUUGCCGGCUACCUGCCUGGCGGAGCUCUUGGACAGUGAUGAGCUUCAUGUACAAGAGGAGUUCGAGGCUUUCAUGGCUGCACGGCGUUGGCUGGCUGCCAACCCCGAGACCCAGGAGUCCGAGGCUAAGGCCCUGCUGCGGUGUGUCCGCUUUGGCCGCAUGUCUACCAGAGAGCUGAGAAAGGUGCGGGCAGCUGGGCUCCCCGCUCCUCUGUCUGCCGAGCUACUGCACCAGCUGAUGGUAGAAGCUGAGAUCCCAGGUCAAGAGAGGUGCAGGGAGCCUGACCAAGCACUGGUGGUGAUUGGCGGGGAUGGGCUUAGACCUAACAUGGACCGAAGACAGCCGUCUUGCAAAGUGUGGUGGGCCCGGGCUUUCCACUGUGGCAUGGGUCUGGUACGAACUGUGGAAUGGUGCCGGCUGCCUGACCUGCCUGCCCCAGGGCGCUUCCGGCAUGGAGCUGCGAGCCUCACAGGAAGUGAGCUCUACGUGUGUGGGGGACAGGAUUACUACAGCCACUCCAACACUCUGGCUUCAACUCUCAGGUGGAGCUCCAGUCAAGAAGGCUGGGAGGAAAUGGCACCUCUGUGCCAGGCUCGGAGCUUCUUCCCUCUGGUGGUGUUUGACGGACAACUUUAUGCCCUGGGUGGACGGGACAAUGGUGUUGCCCUGGAUUCUGUUGAGACCUAUAGCCCUGAACUCAAUGUCUGGAGGCCAGCACCAGCUCUUCCGGUACCAUGUUUUGCCCACGCGGCUGCAAUCCUGGAGGGCCGAUUGUAUGUAAGCGGCGGCUAUAGUGGGACCGGCCAGUUCUUGGACUCACUGAUGCUCUAUGACCCCAAACUUGAGAAGCCGGAGACACUUUUGAGCCCAAUGGGAGUAGCUCGGGCUAGUCACGUGAUGGCUGCUCUGGGUGGGAGGUUGUAUGUGGCAGGUGGGAUAGGAGACACCGGGGACCUCCUGAGCUUUGAGGUCUAUGAACCGAAGACUGAUAGCUGGACUCACCUGGCACCCUUGCCCUCCUCCCAUGUGGGGGCUGCGGGGGCUGUGCUCCAGGGGGAACUACUAAUACUGGGGGGGUAUAGCCACCGUACUUACGCCAUCUCCCACCUUGUCCAUGCCUACUGCCCCGGUCUGGACCGCUGGCUGUGCCUGGGAACUCUGCCAAGACCUCGGGCUGAGAUGCCUGCCUGCGUCUUGACAUUGCCCAGUGUGCGGCACAUAGCCUUGGUCCCUACUCAGCACCAAAACAAACCUGCUGGAUGAUUGAGGACCAGCAGUGUGUGAGGGAGGGAGGGGUAAGAAUACCAUCACAAAAGGACGGAAAUUAUGAGAGGAUAAAAAAGUUGUACUUGCUGGCUUACUUUUAAAAUUUAUUAUCGUUAGAAACGUUCUUGUUAUUGUAGCUCUGGCUGGCCUUGAACGUGAUGUGUAGCCUGGGCUGGCCUCAAAGUCCUUGAUUGAGAGGUCCGAUGAUGAUUGACAGGGUCUCUUGUAUCCGAGGGUGCCUCACAACUCCCUACGUAGUCAAGGAUGACCUUGAGCUUUUAAUCCUCCUGCCUUCAUCUUGAAAGAACUGGGUUCACAGGCAUGUACUGCCACACCUGGUUUGUGCCAGAGAUCAAUGCUCAGCAGGUAUGCUACUAGCUUAGCUACUUCCCUAACCCUAAAAGAAGGCUCUGUUCUUUUUUAUUUGCUUAUUUUGUUUUUAAAUUGUUUAAUAUUUAUUUUAUAUAUAUAUAUGAGUGUUUUGUUUGCAUGUAUAAUGUGAACCACGUGCUUAUCUGGUGCCUGCAGAGGCCAGAAG